CGAGGCUCUUUAGGGUGAUGAUGAGGCUGAGGCUCACGAGUACCGACUGAAAUGGAAUCAAUGCAAAUUCUUUCGACCCCUCACCGACUUUUACAAAGAUUGCCUGCUAAUACGCCUGGAGGCGGAGCGAGGCAUGUAAAAUGGAAAGUGAAAAUAAGGCCACGAGUGGAAGACGGAGUUUGGACUUUAAUUCAGGUACUAUUCUAGUACUUGCUUCUGUUUGUUGGAAAGGUUAUGAGGCGGGGUCAAAUUAAGCCAUGCAAGGUACUCCCUCUCGAUCUGAGACCCAGUAGGCGUCAUCUCCUAAAGAUCAGGUUCUCAAGAUUCUGUCUAUCUGCCCAUGGAACAGCCUUGGACACACGCAUGCCACUCUUCUGGCUCCCACCAGCCAGUGUGCCUUUUAACAGAACAAACCGGCCUCUCUACUCCGUACCUUGCUACUCGUUACAUGUUAAAGCUGGUGCCUACGAAUCUAGUUGGACAAUUCAUAUAACAGCACACGCACUAUUCAUGCAUCUAGCCAUGAGGGGCAGGCGGGGGAUCCAAAACGGCAUGGAUACUGGUUGGUGAUCCUUCAGGUUAGCAGCUCUGUCGGAUGCUGGCUUGCUGUUCAGACCGUUGCCACCACUGCCGAUGCGAUUCCGGCCUUGCCAAACUCCUCAGUAGCACAAGCACUGGCUCUGGCUCUGGCUAUGUCCAGGAAGGUCUCAUAAUUCCGGUAGACCAAUGCAUGUAUGCGACCAGGAUCUUGAGCGUCCAAUUGCAGCAGCUCGAGAGCACGUCGGCAAGUGGCGUUCCAGGUUAAGGUGAGGAGGCCAUCUUGGCUGCCAAUUGGUAAUGGGCAAUUGGAAGCCCAAGUUGUUUGUUGGGCUUGAAUGCCGGCGGCUUAUUACCUACUAGUAUUACUACCUUGUAGCUACCUAUAGUCGGCAAUAUAUACGAGGGGCUGGCGCC